CCGGAACCUUUCUCACGGAGAAAAUGUAGCCGGUCCCUUUACAUGAUCGUACCAGAGACGGACUAACUGUAGAAACAAGUCCGACUUCUAAGGAAUCUCAUCGGUAACGGAUUAAAAACGCAACCAAGUCGGAAACACUUGACACAUCUAUAUCUGACAGCAACUCUGUUCACAGCAGGGCUAAUUACAGUGGUCGUGGUGUGAGACGGCUGGUUUUUACCAAUAACAAUGGCCUCUGGUUCGCCGUCGUCCUCUCCGGACACUGCGACGGGCUCCGGUACGGAUCCAGCCCGGCCCGACACCGGCGAGCCCCUCGGCGGAGCUGGCUCGGAUUCGGACUCGGACUUGAGUAAGUUUGACUGUAGCGCCAUGGAGAUGGGGGAUCAGAUGGAGGGAGACGAGCUGGAGAGGGAGUUCGAGUCUGCAGCCGACCGUGUGGGAGAUUUGAUCCAGACGGCCAGCAGGGACCAGCUGCUGUACCUGUACGCCCGCUACAAACAGGUAAAAGUGGGAAAGUGCAACACAGCGAAGCCUGGCUUUUUCGAUUUUGAAGGACAGAGAAAAUGGCAAGCCUGGAAGCAGCUUGGAGACAUGGACACGGAACAGGCGAUGCGAGAGUACAUUUCCUGUGUGAAUGUGUUAGACCCUGAAGGCAGCACAAAGGAAAGACGAGGAGCAGAAAGGAGAACAGGUUUUGGAGGAGCAGCAGUCAGCUCUCUUUACCAGGAGGAAAUGAUACGGGAAGAAGAUAAGAACAUCUUCGACUACUGCAGAGAAAAUAACAUUGAAAACGUCAGGAAGGCCAUCAGCUCCCAAAAAGUGGACGUCAAUACAAAAGAUGAAGAGGGCCGCGCUCUCCUGCACUGGGCCUGUGACAGAGGACACAAGGAGCUGGUGUCUCUCUUAUUACAGCAUAAAGCAGACAUCAACUGUCAGGAUAAUGAAGGACAGACAGCGCUACAUUAUGCAUCAGCGUGUGAGUUUGCAGACAUCGUAGAGCUUCUCCUCGAUUCCGGAGCGGACCCGUUUAUCAAAGAUAUGGAGGGCUCUCUUCCCGAGGAGGUCACCGAGUCCAGCGCCAUAUCCUCGCUUCUGCGGCAGUACACUGCGCCGAAAGGCUGAACCAAGCCCCCCUAGCUCCACCUCUCGUCUAGUCUCAGCUCCAAUCAUCGGUUCAGCUUUCCCCGUCCUCCCUUCUCUGUCCUGGAACAAAAAUAAAUAAAUCCUUCGGUUUGUAGACCAGAAAUCCAGAAGUUCUGUUUGCUUUUAUUUCAGAGUUUGUGAGGUGAGUUUGAGUUUUGAAGUGUAGCUCUCCUAAGCUACUUUUGUUUAACAUUAAUCGUCUAAUUUAAUAAAUCAAAGGGCAUCGCA